ACCAACAUGCCGCAAGAGAUCCGCGAGAUGCUCAUAUCCAACUUGGUUGCUUGUUUCGAAGAUCAGGGGGAGAAUCUCAGAGAAACGUGCUCCUCAUCGGAAGGAAGAGAUUUCAGCUUCCCCGCUCUUCAUUUCGCCUGGUAUAACCGGCACGGGACAAGGGGCCAUGAUGUGCCAGUCGACGCACACCCAAUACUCAUUGAGAAAGACGACAAUACUCGAACGAACUACGGCCAAAUGCUUCCCUACCCGUCUCAA